CGUUUUCACUCCUUUUCACAGACUGAUCAACAUGAAGUUGAUCCUACCGCUACUCGCGGCAUCCUCGGCGGGCUGUGCGUGGCUCUAUCGCUCCCAUCAGCAGCGUCUUCAGCACGCGGAAUACCUCCGCGGUCUUUCUCAGCCACAGCAGUAUCGGGGGCUUCCUAUUGUCAUCGUAGUGGACGUGGGGAGCUCCUCGAUCCGUGCUAGCUGUUUCGCGUUGGUCUCUGAGGCGCAAUGGGCUCUCAUCGGCGGGUCCCUUCAGCAGCAGCACGUGAGCUCCAUAGACGUCUACGGAGAGGCGGAUGGAGCCAAGAUCGCGGCCUCAGUGGAGGUGAUACUGGACCAAACGAUGGAGUUCCUACGCGUCACGGAUCUCACUCAGAAGAUCGUGGGUGUGGGCUUCAGCACCUUCGCAAUGAAUGUACUGGGUAUCAACGCGAACGGAAGUGUGGUCACCCCUGUAUACACGUAUGCGGGGAGAAGGAAGGCAACGGCUGAGUGGGCGAAGGAGAUACAGGAUCGACUGUCAGCACGCGGCGAGUUGGAUGAGGCUCACAACCGCACAGGGACGGUGAUCCACCCGGCGUAUGCGCCAGCCACGUUCCUGCGUCUUCACAAGGAAGAGCCGGAAUUGGUCGAGCGCGUCACUAAAUGGCAGAGUAUCUCGGGCUACCUCAUCGGCAAAUGGACCACUGCAGGGCAGCAAGAUGGUUGUCUGCCUAUCAGCUUCUCAGAGGCCUCGUGGAUGGGAUUGCUGGACUUCAGACGCAGUCAAUGGGAUUCAAAGUUGCUGGAAUUGAUUGGCAUGGACAGCAACAAGAUGCCUCCGGUUGCGGACUCCUCCGUCCCAUUCUCAGGCCUCAAUGCAAAAUUCGCGAGACGAUGGCCCGAGCUGGAGAUUGUACCAUUCUUCCUUGGAGUCUCGGACGGUGCUGCGGCCAACAUUGGAUCCAAAUGCCUUGAUGCAUCACGCAUCGCUGUUACUAUCGGCACCAGUGCUGCGCUUCGUGUUGUUCUGAGUGAAGAUGCCAUGAAGAAUGCCAAAGUUCCCAAGGGGCUGUGGUGCUAUCGUAUUGGUAGAGACCACGUCCUUCUCGGUGGAGCACUUAGCGAUGGUGGAUCAGUAUUCAAGUUCUUCCGCGAGUCACUUCGUCUUAGUGAUGAGGGUGAGCCUUGUUCAUAUGUCUGCAACUGUGUUGAAAUAGUUGUGAAAUUGUUCACGAUAUGUUCCCUGGUGCAGAUUUAACGUCUCAGUUGGAGAAGAUUGCCCCGACGAAGCACUGUCUCACUAUUCUACCUUUCUUGAGUGGCGAGCGUGCACCAGGAUGGCUGGAAAACGCAACCUGCACUAUCAGUGGCAUCAACAAGUGGACAACUCCCAUCGAGUUUCUUCGUGCUGGAAUGGAGUCAAUCGCUCUUCGUAUCGGCGUUUUGUUCUCUCUUCUCGCAUUUUCUGCCGAUCUGGACGCAACGGUUGUCGUGAGUGGAACCGCACUCACAUCAUCACCAGUUUGGCGUCAGAUGAUUGCCGACUGCUUGGGGAAGAAGCUGAUCCUCGAGGCUAGCGCCAUAGAAACCACUUCACGUGGUCUUGCGGUGCUCAUCGGCACGUACUUGGGGCUUCACACCCUCAAGGAGUCGGGAUCGUUCCCACCGGACACCACGCACUUGGUGUACUCGGAGCCCAAUGCUACAGCCCACGCAGCGUACCUUGAAGCGCGCCACGAGCAGGAGUCCCUUUAUCGGAAGCUCUACUCGGAGAUGUGAAUUCGUUGGGUCAAGAUUAAGCACCAGCAAUUUUGGAUGCAGCUGCUGUAAAUUCUAAAGCACCAGCUCAUACUACAAGUCUGGAAGUACCAGAUAAGUGUUUAAAAACUGAAUAGGUGUCAUUUUAAACAGGGUGCAAGCGUAGCCUACAUAGGUGUGCUACCUUAUACUUCGUUAGUACUAGUAGAUCA